AUGCACACGAGAAAGCCGCACACGGCACUGCCAGCACCGACUGCAAACAGGGACCAUCCACGUGCCCUGCAACUUGUGCCGUGCCGUGUGGUUGUGUGCCUGCCGAGGCGCAGUGAGUGGAGGGGAAUGAACGGCAGGAGAAGACUGGUGGGACUCGGGGCGGCAGUGCGGCUUUCCCACAGGCUGAAGCUGCCGACAAGACCGCCCCGCCAAUGGGAGAGGUUUCGCGCCCGCCAGCGCGGUGCAACACCGCGAAAAAAGAGAAAACAUGCACUGCCCUCCCCCGCCCUCCCCUGCCGCGCGCCGCAGCACGUCUCCCGUGGCCUCUCCGCACCGCCUGCCACCGAAGCGGAAUAA